AUGUUGAGUCAAGAAGAAAUUAAAGAUUUCGAAUAUUUAAUGAAUCAAUUAGAAAAAAUGUCUUCAACAUUUAAAAAAUCGAAUCCUCACGAUCGUGAAAAAGGAAAACGUGAAGAAAGAGAUGAAGGCGGUGGGAAGAAUUGUAUUCAACACGUGUCAAAUGUAUCUCAAAAAUUCAGUUUCAAGAUUGAGGAGCUUACGUGGUGGGAGAAAGAUUGA